UGAAUUUUCCGCGCAGUAACUUUAAAUGAAGCACUGCUCCCGUCAACUGCCAUCUAUUAAUAGACUACUGUACAAGUUUGGGCAAGCUGCGCCAUUUAGUUAGUGUUUGACAGCCAUUGAAAGCAGACAACCUCGUGAAUUUUAACGAAAAUGGAAAAAAGUUAAUUUCGUGUGCUGAUUAAGCAUUAUUUUUUGCGUAAAAAAACCAUCACCGAAACCAAGGCAAAGCUUGAUAAAUACUAUGGGGACUCUGCACCAUCAAUUUCAAUGGUUAAGAAGUGGUUUACUGAGUUCCGUUAUGGUCGUACCAGCACAAGUGACGCCGAACGUUCAGGUCGCCCAAAAGAGGUCGUCACGCCAGAAAUCGUCGAUAAAAUCCAUGGAAUGAUAUUGGACGAUCGGAGAAUGAAAGUGCGUGAAGUGGCUGAGGCUGUAGGCAUCUCAACUGAGCGGGUACAUCACAUUUUACAUGAAUAUUUGGACAUGAAAAAGCUAUCCGCGCGAUGGGUGCCGCGAUUGCUCACACUCGACCAUAAGCGGAACCGUGUGACCAUUUCAAAGGAGUGUUUGGCGAUGUUCAGCCGCAAUCCGAACGAGUUUUUGCGCCGUUUCGUUACCGUAGACGAAACAUGGAUCCAUCACACCACACCAGAGACCAAGGAACAAUCAAGACAGUGGGUUUCUUCGGGUGAACGUGCACCAAAGAAGGCCAAGGUGGGUCUGUCGGCCAACAAGGUCAUGGCCACAGUUUUUUGGGAUGCACGCAAUAUCAUUCACAUCGAUUACCUUGAAAAAGGUAAAACGAUCACCGGCGAAUAUUAUUCAGAGCUUUUGGACAGAUUCGAUAUUGAUUUGAAGCAAAAACGACCGCAUUUGGCGAAAAAAAAGUGCUGUUCCAUCAGGACAAUGCACGGGUGUGCACACGUGUGUAGUCACCAUGGCAAAAAUCCAUAAAUUGGGCUACGAACUGCUACCCCAUGCAGCA